GUUCUCUUUAAGCCAGGAAACCAUGUGUUGUAAACUUGAGCCUCUUUUGUUUUUUACCCUUUAAAACACCAUUAAAAUCAACAACCCAUCCAACAUCAUAUGACUUGACCCUUCUCAACUAACUAAACACAUUCAAACAAACACAGACUGCACCAGCAACAACAACACCAACCGGUACACCUCUUGCAGGUGCAUGCAUGGCUAGACAGGUUGAAGAAGGUGGAUGGCCGUUAGGGUUGCAGCCUCUGAAUCUAAGAGCUGUGUCAUUCAGUACUAUGAUUAGUGGCUCUCCAUCAUCUUCCUCGUAUUCUUCUUCAGAUUUAGACACUGAGUCGACAGGAUCUUUCUUUCAUGAUAGGAGCAUCACUCUAGGGAACCUCAUGGGUGUUUCAAGCAUUGUAGAGCUCUCAAGAAGAUCCCUAAGAAGAGGCAAAAUAUUAACCCAAACACUAUCUUUAGAAACCAAGACAAAACCUAACCCUAAACCGAAACCUUGGUGUUUUGGUUUUUGUUUAUGUUUAUGCCAUAGAGACAACGACGACGUAGUUGAGGGCUCUAGAAACAACAUCGUACCCCUUGGUCACUUUCUAGAAGUGGAAAGAAGAGCGGCUCAAGAUCAUAGACGAGGCCAACAUAGUCCUCUUGUUUAUGGAGCCGAUGAGCUCACGCUGGCUCAGCCUUUUAGGGACUCCUCAAACACGUUGUUUGUGGAUGGUCAAAUCAUGCCGCCUACUAGGUCAAGCCCGUGGUCCGGUUUGGAUGCUAACGAGAGAAGAAAGAGUAGAGGGUUCAUAACUCCAUGUUUUUAAAGUUGUUUUAUGUUCUUAUCUCUCACUUGUGAUAUUAAUAACGUUGUAUGAGUUUAUCUUUUGUUUAUUGAGAUAUGGUGAGCAUCAAAAGUUUUGUUCUCUUGUUUGAAACCAACAUUGUUGCAUUUUUAUUUGGGAAUGAGAUUAUUCAUGUUUUACAUCA